CCCUCCCCUAUGCUCAGUUCGGUGUGUGUCUCCUCAUUCAAAGGGCGCAAGGGUGGGAACAAGUCGUCCAACAAAGCAUGUUACAGCGCCGACAUGACUUGCCCGUCGGAAAGCGAGAAAAUCGUCAUCAACUGCGGCGGCGUGAGGCACGAGACGUACCGGAGCACCCUGAAGACGCUGCCCGGGACGCGUCUGUCGUGGCUCACUGAGCCGGACGCCUUCAGCAACUUCGACUACGACCCGAAGUCCGACGAGUUCUUCUUCGACCGGCACCCGUCCGUCUUCUCGUUCAUCCUCAACUACUACCGGACGGGCAAGUUGCACUGCCCCAACGACGUGUGCGGCCCGCUGUUCGAGGAGGAGCUCGCCUUCUGGGGCAUCGACGAGACCGACGUGGAGGCGUGCUGUUGGAUGAACUACCGACAGCACCGGGACGCGGAGGAGGCGCUGGACAGCUUCGAGACGCCCGAGCCGGAGGUGCCGGAGGACGACCCGGCGCUCGCGGGGGACGGAGACCUGAAGCGGCUCUGCCUGCAGGAGGACGGCAGGAAAGUGGGCUGGUGGCGCGUGUGGCGACCGCGGAUUUGGGCGCUCUUCGAGGAUCCCUACUCGUCCAAAUACGCGCGGUAUGUGGCAUGCGGAUCCCUUCUGUUCAUCCUCAUCUCCAUUUCCACCUUCUGCAUGGAGACGCACGAAGCGUUCAACACCAUCUACAACAAAACGGAGAACGUGACGGAGGGGAACGUGACGAGAGAGGAGAUCGUGUACGAGGUGGUGACGGACAGAUGGCUGAUGUACGUGGAGGGAAUGUGCGUGAUCUGGUUCACCAUCGAGGUGUUCACGCGCAUCGUCUUCUGCCCUGACAAGGCCGAGUUCUUCAAGAGCAUGCUGAACAUCAUCGACUUCGUGGCCAUCCUUCCUUUCUACCUAGAGGUCAGUCUGAGCGGACUCUCUUCCAAAGCGGCAAAAGACGUGCUGGGCUUCCUGCGAGUGGUGCGCUUCGUCCGAAUCCUGCGCAUCUUCAAGCUUACGCGCCACUUCGUGGGCUUGCGUGUUCUCGGGCACACGCUUCGCGCAAGUACCAACGAGUUCCUCCUGCUCAUCAUCUUCCUUGCUCUCGGCGUCCUCAUCUUCGCCACCAUGAUCUACUACGCCGAGAGGAUAGGAGCCAGUCCGGACGACCCUACGGCAAGCAAGCACACCAACUUCAAGAACAUCCCCAUUGGUUUCUGGUGGGCCGUGGUGACCAUGACCACUUUAGGCUAUGGAGAUAUGUAUCCGGAGACGUGGUCGGGCAUGCUGGUGGGGGCGCUGUGUGCCCUCGCGGGGGUGCUGACUAUUGCCAUGCCCGUCCCCGUCAUUGUGAACAACUUCGGCAUGUAUUACUCUCUGGCCAUGGCCAAGCAGAAGCUGCCCAAAAAGAAGAACAAACACAUCCCGCGAGCCCCGCAACCCGGCUCGCCCAAUUACUGCAAGCCGGAUGCCCUCGCCAUGGCAACGGCCUCGCCCCAGAGGAUCCUGGGUAACGUGCUGGGCGGCGUGCUGGGCUCGAGCGGGAUGACGGGGGACUGUCCUCUAGCUCAGGAGGAGAUCAUAGAGAUUAACAGAGACUCGAAGCAGAACGGUGACGCAGCCAGCGCCGCUCUAGCAAACGAGGACUGUCCAACAAUCGAUCAGGUUCUUAGUCCGGACGAGUGCAGCCCGGUGGGCCGAACACAAGAACGCCACCAGCAGGACAGAGCCUGCUUCCUCCUCAACACGCGAGAGUUUCGACCCACUGAUGGGAAUGUGCGGAAAGUGUUAAGUUUCUAGCAUUUGGCAAUUCUAUUAAGGAGACACGGUUAUUCGCUGAAUCCUGAAAAUUUUGCCGAUGGGGCCAUACCAUCCACACGGGACAUGUGAGGAAUGUCGGAGUGGCAAGAGGGUGUGACUGGGGAAAAAAAGAAAAACAAGGAAACUGGAAUUUUCCGAGGCCGGAUCGUCACACGGUAACCAAAGCAACCUCACCGAAAUUCCGGAUCACUCCUCUUUCUACAGACUGACUGACUUUACGGCAACAAAACCGAUCAUUGCACUGACACCUGAAAGAGAAAAAAGACUCUUGAAGGAACGAACGGAAAACAUUCCAAUGUUUUAAGAUCAAAACACCAAGCGUUAUGACUGCCACACUCACCUGGGCCCUGAGUUUCUGUAUAUUAAUCUAUAUGUAAGAAUGAAGGACCAAGUUAGAAUAAUUAUGUAGCAUUUCUGCUAAGACCCUGUAGCAUUUCUUGGCUGGGAGAACUCUCCGACAGACUUUUUACAGACUGAUAUUUCAUUGACCGUUUGCACAGAAUGACUAAAAAUGGCUUAGUCAUGCACAAGUUUUAUUGUUUUCUUCCCCCACUCAGCUUAUUAGCAGCAAAAUGUGUUGUUUGUGCAUUGCCGUGUGGUAGUUCCCACUCCCCGUCUGAGUCUUAGAGUAGCUUUUCUUUGUGAAUGAAUCUAGAGCACUGAAAAGUGAAACGCAGCACUCUGCUUUGGUUAAAGACGUACGUUGCUAUUCCCAAACAGUCUUCCAGUUUUUCCCCCAAGCGUUUGGGGGAGGCAACAUCGAAAACAGUCCCAACAGACCAAAGCCCAACUGUGACCAAAUAAUGUACGAAAGCUAAAAUGGUACAAAAUAACUUAAGACAUUCCCUGUCAGAUCUGAAUUUUUCGUCCCUUUAAAUAUGAACGGAUUGGCUGUUCUGCCAGGGGUGCUGUUUGUAAAUCCCCAAAAAAACUUAAAUUGAGGGAGGUCUCUCUCGUUCCUGAUUAUAGAGAUUUAUUUUGUGAUUUAUUUAGUAGAGCUGAUGCUGCCAUUGAUUAUAUACAUGCACAUGCAAGUGCUUGGACCAAUAACAAGUGGAAGUUUGUUUUUUCCUCAUGGAAAGAGGGUAUAAAGGUCAGGGAAAUGCAGAGACAUUCUUAAAAUCUCCCUUUCUAAAAAUCGUCAAUACAUCUAAAACUGCCUUUUCAGAGUUUCCCUCCGUCUCUGUCUUGUAUUCUCUCCUAUUGGCUUGCCAGCGCCGUUCCUUCUUAACUAAUCAGAGGGAACACAGGAGGUCACGCCAAACGAAUCAAGAAGAAUAAAUGUGCAAAAAAAGAACAAAUUUAUAUUUUGAUAAGUAGUUGCAAAAACAUCUCCAUGGUUCACGAGGAACACGACGCAACCGGCGUCCGAACGCAACUGUAAAAACGCAACGCCGACCACCCUAUGAACAGCCGCCGACUUAUACAAAAAAGGACGAAAGAAUAGAUAUUAACGCUCUCUUUUGGAGGGAGGGCGCAAAAACAGAAGAGAUUGUUUCCUCGUAGACUGAACUGUGAGAAAAUGGAUGUCAAAAUAUAUGAGAGAAAAAAAACAAAUGAAAAAAAAAACUACUUGGAGAGAAAAAAAAAAAACUUAAAAAUGCAUUUUUGUAACUUUGUUUACCAGCAUGAGAACUUUGCAUGACUGUAUUUUCUGCUAGCCCUUAGUUGAAG